CACCACAGACCAGCGAGUGAUCCAGGGGCCCCUCUGCUCGACUCCGACUCCCGCCGUGAAGAAAAAAAGAAGAAGAAGAAGAAGAAGAAAAAAAAACCCGGAGAUGGGCUCCCCGUGAAUCCGGGCGGUGGAGGGGAGAGGCGGGCCGGCGGGGGGUGGGGGGGAACGACCCGGAGAAGACAAACACACACACACACACAGAAAGCACAACCGAGGGUGCCUGCGAAACAUGAGCGGCUCGCGCUAUUCGCCGGAGCUGCGGCCGCCGCUGCCGUUCCGCCCGUGGACCAUGUCGUGAGGUGUGGCUCGGAAACCGCUCCGGGAGAACCUGUCAGCCGAAACGACUCGCCGCGGAGGAGGAGGAGGAGGAGGAGGAGGAGAAGGUGGUGGGGUGGUGGUGGAGAAGAUGUCCGCCUCGGUGGGGCCCCAGGGUGGCCCUCGCCCACCCACCGCGCCGCCGUCCAUGCCGGAUAUACCCGACCUCAGCCAUCUGACCGAGGAGGAGAGGAAGAUCAUCAUGGCAGUGAUGGCUCGGCAGAAGGAGGAAGAGGAUAAAGAACAAGCCAUGCUGAAAACACUGCACCAGCAGUUUGAGAGCUACAAACAGGAGGUGCGUCGCAUCGGGGCAGAGACGCGGCGUCAGCAGACCCAGCAGAAGGACGACGCGCCCACCUGCGGUAUCUGCCGCAAGACCAAGUUUGCAGACGGCUGUGGCCACCUCUGCUCCUACUGCCAGACCAAAUUCUGCGCUCGCUGUGGAGGGCGGGUCUCUCUGCGCUCCAACAAUGAGGACAAAGUGGUAAUGUGGGUAUGCAACCUGUGCCGUAAACAGCAAGAGAUUCUCACCAAAUCAGGAGAAUGGUUUUCGGGGUCAGGGGUGCGGCCUGGGAGCCUGAGCACCUCCUUGAUCAACCCAGCCACUGGAGGUGAGGCGCAACGGGACAGGAAGCUACUACGCUCCAGGUCCCAAGCCCCGCCCAGCACCAACGCCAACGCAGGGCUGCCCGACGGGACACAGCCGCCCGCUGGUGUCCCUGCUGCCAAGGGUGCAGACACCAUGCCCGGCUCCCGCUCCCAAAGUGAACCACCUAGAGAAAAGAAAAGGCCAGUCUCCCUCCAUGAACAAAAUGGUAAGGGAGGCAUGGGACGCGGUAGUGGCCGGAGACCUGCCGGGAAGCUGCCGACUCAGUCGUCCCUGGAUGAGCGAGUGGUGCCUGGGGACAGAGGAGAGAGACGGCUGGGAGAUGGACGGAGGCUGGAGAAGAUCCAUUCUCAGGACUACGAGGAUGGGCAACAGAACCUGGGUCACUCAGAAACACACCGGAGACGCCCAGAGGAUGAGGAGCAGAGGGAGCGCCAGCGCCGUGAGGAGGAGUUCCAGAACCGUUACCGCAGUGAUCCUAACCUGGCAAGAUACCCUGUGAAACCACAGAAGGAGGAGCAGGAGAUGCGCAUGCAUGCUAAGGUGUCCAAGGUACGCCAUGAACGACGACACAGUGAUCUAGCAAUCAAUGAGGUCGGACUGGGACCCGGUGAAGGAGGAGGUGGAGGCAGUGCAGGGGAGGUGCCUGAAAACCGUCUGGCCAGGAGGGGUGGAGGUGGGGAGGGAGACCGCAAGGCUGUCUUGGAAAACCACCGAGCCUACUCUGUGGAUAGGACCGUGGGGGUUGGAGGGAAAGCUCCACCUGCCGGAGGUGGAGUAAGAUCAGGACCCCAACCUGGGGGACCACCGCCCCCAGAUUGGGGCCCGAACAAAGGCCGCCUGGAUCCUGGAACAACACGGACACCAAGGGACAAGGGUGGGGAGAACCUGCUGAGGAAGGACUCUCAGAGCUCGGACCAGUCGGAGUCUUUGCGGCCACCCCCUCCACGGUCAUACAAGAGCAAGCGCGGAGUCAACAAGAGGCAGAUGUCCAUCAGCAGCUCAGAGGAGGAGGGCGGCUCCACGCCCGAGUACACCAGCUGUGAGGACGUGGACAUGGAAAGCGUCAGCGAGAAAGGUGACUGGGACUGUCAUUCUCUAGAUCCUACAGUGUGGCAUCAUCCGGUUACCUGGCAGCCAUCCAAAGAGGGUGACCACCUAAUUGGACGCAUCACGCUAAGCAAGAGGUCGGCCAUGCCCCGUGAGGCGGGCUCCCUCCUCGGCCUAAAGGUGGUAGGAGGGAAGAUGACAGAGACAGGGCGACUUGGGGCCUUUAUCACCAAAGUCAAGAAAGGCAGCCUGGCAGACGUGGUGGGACACCUACGAGCAGGUGAUGAGGUGCUGCAGUGGAAUGGAAAGUCGUUGCCGGGAGCAACUAAGAAAGAAGUCUACAACAUUAUCCUUGAAUCCAAGUCUGAGCCUCAAGUGGAAAUAGUUGUUUCAAGACCCAUAGGGGACAUCCCAAGAAUCCCAGAGUCAUCCCACCCUCCUCUAGAGUCUACAGGCUCAAGUUCCUUUGAGUCACAGAAGAUGGACCGUCCCUCUAUAUCAGUGAUGUCCCCUACCAGCCCCGGGGCCCUCCGAGACCUUCCUCUGGUACUGCCUGGAAAGCUCUCUGUGAAGCUGUGGUACGACAAAGUGGGCCAUCAGUUGAUCGUCAACGUCCUUCAAGCCAUAGAACUACCAACCCGACAAGACGGACGACCUCGGAACCCUUAUGUCAAGAUGUACUUCCUGCCUGAUAGGAGUGAUAAGAGUAAACGGCGGACUAAAACAGUGAAGAAGAGUGCCGAGCCCAAGUGGAACCAGACCUUUCUAUAUUCCCAUGUCCACCGGCGGGACUUCAGAGAACGCAUGCUAGAGAUCACAGUGUGGGACCAGCCCAGAGUCCAGGAGGAGGAGAGUGAAUUCCUGGGCGAGAUCUUGAUAGAGUUGGAGACGGCUCUGCUGGACGAUAUUCCUCACUGGUAUAAACUCCAGACACAUGACGUGUCCUCUAUACCUCUGCCCCAGCCCUCCCCGUACCUCCCACGCAGACACGUCCAUGGAGACAGCCCCAGCAAGAAGCUACAGAGGUCUCAUCGCAUCACUGAUACAGAGUUUGAUGAUGGUUUGAUGGUAGUGACUAAAGGUGCAGAGCGUAACUCCAGAGAGAGAGAGCGAGGCAGUACGUUGGCUGUGCCUGAACAGCAGCGGCCCGUCCAGCAUCGCUCCCGUUCAGUGUCUCCUCACAGAGAAGACUCCUGCAGGGCUCGGUCACGGCCCGCACAUGUGCCCAUGCAAAGGAGUCUGGACGAGAUCCACCAGAACCGCCACCACUCCCCGUCCCACUACCAUGACUCCCACCUGGAGCAUCAGCGAUCUGGUGACUCGGACUACGAGUACUCUGAGGACAGUGAGGUCCUGGAGAUGCACAGGUCUAUCCGGGGCGGGAGUGCCGAGUGCCUGCACACCAACAGCUCCACCCUCCCUGCAUGCCUAAAGAACAAGCCGCCCCACAGGAUAGAAGGGGGCAGCUCCAUGCCUCGUAGCAUCCUCACACACCGUGUGCUCAGGUUCACUGAUGAGGUCACUGUUAGCGACCUGCAGCCGUCGUUGGACAGAGUGAGGAGUGCCAGCACCACCUGUCUGAGACCAGACACCAAUUUCCACUCCCCUGAAAGAGACAGGUGCUUCAACUCUUUGCCCCGCAAGACUCCCCCAAGCCCCAGCAUCUUAGUAGAACACGUGGCCCCUGAGGAAGACAGGCAGUGUAGCAAUUCAUCAAGUCCGCACUGUCAGAGGGGCGUCAAAAAAAGCCUGGAGGGGGACAGUCGAAUCCAGCCCACCUCUAUCCUGAGGGGCAGUAGGGGGAGAGGGGGCCCGCUGAGGCCCUUUGGCCAGACAGGCCUGGCUGGGUCCUGCCCAAACUCGCCAUGGCUAGACAGAGCACAACCUCACGGCAGCCCCUCUCCGACAGGGACUCCUUCAUCAGGUCGCAGGGGCAGGCAGCUGCCUCAGCUCCCUGCAAAAAGCAGCAGCAUAGAGCAAGCCAUUGCAGUAGAGGAACGAGCCCGACAGCUGCAGAUGAAAGUACAUUCCUACCGGCCUUCAGCAUCCCACGACCCCGAGUCGGACCUCAAGGCCAAACGGGAGAUGUAUGCAGAACAGAGGCGCAGCAGUGACAACAUGUCAGCCAGAUCAUCAGAGAGUGAUAUGAGCGACGUGUCGGCCCUCUCCCGUGCCAGCAGUGCCUCCCACCUCAGUAGCACAAGCUACAUGUCUAUCCAAUCAGAGCGACCCGGGGGCAGACUCAGAUCUAAGUCAUUAGAGGAGGAGAAAAAGGACAGGAGGAUCUCUUGGGGGGUGAAUGGAGAGGAGGACAGGAGGAGAUCAGCAGGAAAGAGACGCUUCUCUGAGGAGUUGAAGCGCAGGAGACACACUGUAACUGGAGACACGAGGGAGUCCAGUCGGCAGUUACGAUCGGUGGGCCGCAGCAUGCUGAAGAGCUCCAGUGUGAGUGGAGAGAUCUACACGCAGGAGCGCACCGACGGCAGCCAGUCAGACACAGCGCUGGGCACGGUCGGUGGCGGCAGCAAGAAGAGACGGUCCAGCCUCAGCGCUCGUGUGGUGGCCAUCGUUGGCAACCGACGCAGCCGCAGCACUUCACAGAUCAGCGGGCCCGAGGGGAAGACUAAGAAGGAGAAGGGUGCACCCAUCCAAAGGAGCACAGAGACUGGCAUGGCAGUAGAACUGACCCGAAACAUGAGCCGGCAGCCCAGCAGAGAGUCUAACAACGGCAGCAUGAACAGCUACAACUCUGAGGGGAAUUUGAUCUUCUCUGGAGUGAAUCUGGGUGCCAGCAGUCAGUUCAGUGACUUCCUGGAUGGCCUUGGACCAGCGCAGUUGGUUGGAAGGCAAACACUGGCUACUCCUGCUAUAGGUGACAUCCAGAUUGGUAUGAUGGAGAAAAAGGGUCAACUGGAGGUAGAAGUCAUCAGAGCACGAGGACUCGUACAAAAGCCAGGAUCUAAAUCCCUCCCUGCUCCAUAUGUCAAGGUCUAUCUGCUGAAUAAUGGAGCGUACGUAGCCAAAAAGAAAACCAAGAUUGCACGGAAAACACUUGACCCACUGUAUCAGCAAGCACUGCUAUUCGAGGAAAGCCCACAGGGUAAAGUCUUACAGGUGAUUGUAUGGGGAGACUACGGCCGGAUGGACCAUAAAAGCUUCAUGGGAGUUGCACAAAUCCUAUUGGAGGAACUGGACUUAUCAAGCACAGUCAUUGGUUGGUACAAGUUGUUUCCACCGUCCUCCUUGGUGGACCCAACACUGGCCUCCCUAACGCGGCGGGCAUCCCAGUCGUCACUCGACAGUUCCUCCGGGCCUCCUGGGGUCCGAUCCUAGUGGACCAACAGCUCUACACCGCUCAUUAAACGUACUGUAGAGAGAAACAAAGAAAAAAAGAUGGCGGAAAUGUAGACCAACAACAAUCAGAAACAGUCACAACGAGAAAGCUUUGUUGAGAUCUGACAAUCACUUCUGUCGCGGUUAAUUUUGUCUGUUGUAGGGAGCGCCACAUUUCAGUGUUUCAUAUCCAUUCAGAGAAAAAGCUCAUAGUUUUUCUGUGUACGCUGACGACAUAGGGCUGCCGACAGACUACACGCAGUAACUCUCGAGACAGGAGACGAAAAAGUGUCAGAGAAUCAUAUGAAGCAGGGUGGUUUUUAACUGAAACAAUAAUAGCAAAGAAAUGUAUGUUAAGCAUCGGAAUGUAUGGGCUCGAGACUCAAGAGGUAAUCACCCUCCACACCUGCAGGUGGCGCAGUCCUCUCUGUAGUGGCCUCCUCCAGAACCCCGACAGACUGCCGGCACUCCUGCAACCAGGCAGGGUGCUCCUGCGUGGGUAUUCAGUCUGGAAGCACAGGGCCUUCUUCUGGUGCCUAGACCUUGGAGCCGCAUCACUGGUCCCUCUCUUUCGAAAAAUCCUUUUUUUUUUUCAAUAUGUUUACCAUGGCUGCUCUGAAGCCACACUGUUUUAGCGUGUUUGCGUUGUCAUUUCUUUCCCUUUGUUACUACUGGCACAAAAUGUUUUUACAGUGUGUAAAAUGCUCAUGAUAAUGUUGUCAGUCUGAUGUGUGCAUGGAGAGUAAAAAAAAACGAAACAAGAGAUAAAAAAUGAUAUAAAUCUAUUAAAUGUCUGCAAGUGUUAUGCAGGGGGCGGGGGAGGGGGGGACUGGUGAUGAUGACACAGCUUAGAUUUUUACACUCUACAGUGAGAUUAGCGUGCAGCGUUGUUUUCCUUGUUCCACCGCUGGCAAAAUGUCCAGGCCAGUUGUCUUUGUAUAGAUGUAUAUUAGGCCUCCCAGGAGGUUGACCAAUAAAUAAAAUUUAUGUCACUUUGAACUAUCACAAGGUACAACAUCACUGUAAAAGAGUUUAAAAAAGGAAAUCUUUGUUCACCUACGCAAGAGCAAGAUAGGACCGUCUAAUUUUUCACAUUUUUUAGGGAUUGCCUUCCCUCACCCCAGCACGUUUCAGGUUUCUAUCCAGCCCUUAGUUUACAUUCUUUUGAAAUUCAAACACAAGCACAAGAGCUUGAUUUUUUUACAACAAAAAGUUUAACUUUUUGAGAAAAACACAUAGUUAAAAAGAAAAAAAAGAAAAAAAAAGAAACAAUCCCGUCUCUGGUUCUGUUCAUUUCUUUGUCUAGUUGUUAAGGAGACAGACAAACAAGCAGAGAAGAAGAGCCGCUCGCAGUUUCCCCUCGGGCAUAUCUCUGAAUGUGAAAGUAACCAAUCGGACUGAUCUGUCGGGGCGCCAAACACCAACGCUCAUCCUCUGUUCGGCCUGCAGACUCCUCCCACCAGGAGAGAUCUGGGGCCAGCAUGACUUUGGAACCUGUUCCAAGCUGCAUGCACAUUUUUGUAAAAUGAAACAGAUACAGAAAAAAAAAAAAAAAGAUACUGAACUAGAUACGUGUGUUAGUUCCACAUACUGUAGGGCCGCUUGUAUGUUGCAUGCAGUUGUACAGUUUGCUCGUACUUGAAUAUUAAAGAGUUAAAACCAAGAAACCGAAGCCAUUCCCAUUUACGCAAAGACAUUUUGAACUCAACUGCAGUCUACUCCACGUCCCUCAGUCCGGUGCUGAAUGUCUCUCAAACUAAAUCCCAAGAUUACGUUGAUGUCUUUCCUCAACCCUCUGGAAGAUGUACUGUACUGUACAGUAGUACUGAGCAGACCUCACAGCCUCUCUUACUGUUACUCCACAUCGCUGUAUACCUCCAAGGGGCUGAGAUGAUGUAUGAAUAGAUAUGUACAAAUCAGAUCCACUUAAAUGGAAAUAUAAAUUAUGUUUCAACAUAAUGAUUCAGAUAUGCUAACACAUGAACUGUUAAGUUAUAUAAAGAAUAAAUGCAGAUGCACAGAGAGUCAUACACUGUAAAUACUCAACAGCUAUUCACUGGGCUUUCAUUGGGUUCAGUGAUACUUGCAAAGAUACUUGCCAAGUCGUAUAAUGCAGAGCGGUUAAUAUGUCACUAGGGACCAUGCAGUGGGACAACCCGAGGCGAUGGGUCGCAAACUGGCCGCAAAAACUCCAGGUGCACCACUUCUCUAAAAGUCGUCAUCUGAACACUUCUGCCCAAUGUCUGAACCCCGGCCACGUUCAGUCCCACUCCAGAAGAGUUGACUUUUACUUUUCAUCGUCCGGUGAAGCUGGUUUUCUUUUUUCUUUUUCUUUGUCAGUAUUAACAGGAAAAAAAAAUUGCUGAUUGUUUACAACUUCUGUGUACCACUGAAAA